AUGGCUUCCCCCGAUGCACAAGACCUCUCGGACGACAACUUGCGCGCUCAGAUCACCAAGGCGUUCCAGGUCGCGCCGUGCCAAUGGCAGAUCGAAGUCAUCAGAUCUCUGCUCAAGCUAUCACGGCGCCUCAACACGCGCGACCUGUGCUUGAUCUCAGCAACGGGGUCAGGCAAGACAUUGACCUUUCUCGCUCCCCUCCUCUUCGAACCUCGCAAGAUCAUGGUGAUAAUCACCCCUCUCAACCUCCUUAGUGAUCAGAUUGCGGGUCAGCUACGCUCACAGGGUCUACCAGCCAUCGCACUUUGUGGCGACAACGCGACGAAGACUGUAUUUCAGGAGAUACGCGAGCUCAAGUACCGGGUCAUUGUCACGAACGUGGAGAUUGCCAAGAGGACGAAGGGGGAGUUCGAGAAGCUUUGGCGCGACCGCAAGUGGACGGCGCACCUGCUGUGCAUCGUCUGGGAUGAGGCACACUGUAUCAGCCAGUGGGCUGACUUCCGCCCGGAGUACAAGGACGGGGGACGCAUCAGACAGCUCAUCGGCACCCACGUCCCCUUCUAUCUCACUUCGGCGACCCUCCCUAAGGCUGUUCUGGCCGACGUCUUCCAAAACCUCAACAUCCGCGCGUCGGACGUGGAUGUGAUCCAUCGCUCCAAUGACCGACCGAAUAUUCACCUCGUCGUUCGCCGGAUGCAGCACGGGGCAGGCAGCUAUCGUGACCUGGACUUCGUCUUACCAGCACCCGGAUGUACGCCGCCGAAAUUCUCCGCUUCGGGCCCCGGGCCGUUUUUCCUGAUGGAGUCGGUCGAAGCAGCGAAGUACCUGUGGUCCCGUCUACCGGAAUCGUGCCGUGACCGCGUCAAGUGGUUCAAUUCGCACAUGACAUCGCAGUACCGCGAGGACGAGCUGCAGAGGCUCGCUUCGGGCGAGAACUGGGGCCUGCUUUGCACCGAGUCAUUUGGGCUAGGUGUUGACAAGGUUAAGGACAUACAGCUCAUAAUCCAGUACAAGGUGGCCGACGUCAGCCUUUGCGCGCUAUGGCAGCGCUUGGGUCGCGCUCUACGAAAUGGCGAGGGUACUGCAAUUGCCGUCUGCAUCGCCGAGCCGAAAUUCUUCGAUGAGGAGCGCGAGGCAAAGGAGGGGCGGAAGCAGAAGAAGCUGGAGAAGGAGAACAAGAAGCGGAAGGCGGAAGAAAGCGAUAUGGGUGCGAGGAAGAGUCCACGCUUUGAUGGCGAUGUUGACCUGGCCGAGCGCUCGGUGGUUAUCGAGCGUCGCCGAGCGAUUUACGACGCACCGCCGGCACGGACCUCGAAGAAGAAGGACCGCGUAGAUCACGACCCGUCAGCCUUAGACCCUCCCUUGGACGAUAUGAUCAACGCUGCGUCGCGGGGCUUCGGCUGUCAUCGCCUUCCUGCUCAGGUCUUCUUCGGAAACGACAAGAUUUCUGGUUCGUCUUUGGGUACCCAUCGCAUGCUUAUGUACUCACUCUAUUUUCCUCACAGCUGCGCCACAGGACCCAUGUAGAAGCGGUGGGUGCACGCGUUGUCAGGCCCAGCCCUCUACAGGCUGUUGCGCCCUAUGCUCUCCCGAGAAGUUCGUCGACUAUCUCCCGACGGAGGCGACACAACAGGCGGACAACGAGCCGAGCACCCGUGCCGGUCGGAAGAAAGAGUAUGAGCGCGAUGCGACAGACCACGAUCUUCAACGCGCGC